UGCUUCUGCCCUUCUCCAGAGUGUUCGAAAGAUUCCGAGCAAAAUUUGAAUUCGACAUCUUCAGAGCUGAACAUCUAUAUGACAAGCAAAAACCUCCUAGUUCAUACAUCGUUGUUGCUUUUGGUGGGAAUACGGCAAAGACAUCAGUAAGAAAGAACACCUCAUUUCCCGAAUUCAACGAGAGACUAAUCAUCCAUGAUAUGUAUCCUGUUCUCUGUCAGAGAAUCCACGUCAAGAUUUAUUUCGGUUCUCAUCUAUACGCGUCAGAUUUUCUGCCUCUGAACUACGUUACAAGCGAUGACGAAGAAGGCUUCUUUCCCAAGUUUGGGCCAGCUUUUCUCCAUAUGUACGAUAAUUCUGGUAUGGAGGACUACAAAGGUAGCAUCUUGUUCAGUCUCAGGACCAAAACUGAAGUGGUUUCUGCCGAAGACAAGAAGAAGAGUGAAGUGAUUCCCAUAAGUGGGUCCUCUGGGGAUCUUCUUCCACCAUUAGACCUGAAAUUCUUCGUCAUAAUAUUGGAAUCUUCUGUCAUGGAUAAACGAUUUGAAGGAAAGAUUACCUACAAGGCUACUAUUGGAAACACUGAGAAGGAAGAAGAAAAAAGGAGUGGCGAUCAAUCAAACAAUAAGUACGUCUCUGAAAAGAUAGAUGUCAAGAAGAUCAACAGAAAUUCUUUCUAUUCGGAUAUAAAGGAGAGUAAACCUAUGCUCACACUAAAUAUCAACGUGAUGGAUUUUAGGAAGAGGUUGUACAACAUGAACAUGUUAGAGAAAAUAUAUGAUGCCAUGGAGAAAAGAAUAAUCAAUAUCGGUUUCUUAUUCGCUGAAGAUGAUAUCACUCUCAAUGACAAAAUAGCUGAAGAGUUGUCCCAUUGUCUAGAUUCCUUCAUAUCGUCCACUCAAAAAUACAUCGACAUAGCCGGAAACUAUGACCUAUCUACUUUAACCCAAUUGGGACGAGGAAAAUUAGAACAAAAUCUCAAACUGAUGAAAAGUCUCAUCAAGAAAGCUGAGAAGAUCUUCAAUCCAAAUGCUCUCAGAAGGACGUUUUUGAAGAUGAAGAAGCUGUGCGAUAGGGUUUUGUGUAUUUUCAAUAACAUCAACGAUAUGUGGCCUGACGUAUUCAUAACGGUUUGGAAGGAAACUAAGAAAUUGGCUUAUGUACGUGUACCAUGCAAAGAUGUGCUCCAUUCUGAGAUAGAAGAGGAAAAAGGAAAGAUGUGCGGUAAAGUAACCACACUUUACCUGCAGCCAGAGAGGAAGAAAAUACCAAAGGCAAAAUUUUUCACCAACACAGUCGGAAAAAUGGAGGUUCUCAUCUGGAUGGGAGUAGAAAAAUCCUUCGUGGAGUUCUUGAAGAACCUUCCGGGCAGUUUUGAAUUGACUGACGACUUGAAAUCUCCGUUUCUCCAUGCCACUACCAGUGAAGUUCAUAUGUUUCAGUGCAGAUGCCAUCUGUUUCAAGGGCGUAUAGAACCAGGCAACGAUGCUUCAGCUCUUAGUGAUACCAUGGUCAGAAUCCACUUCGGCGACGAUUGUCAGGAAUCGACGAUAGAGAGUGAGACCUUGAACCCAAUAUGGAAUCAAACCCUGAUAUUCAAGAAAGUGACUCAGUAUGGAAGUACCAGUUUCGUUAAGAAGAAUCCACCAACAAUUUUAAUAGAAUUGCUGGAUAGAGAUAAAUUGUUCUUUUGGGAGUUCGUUGGUAGGACUACAGUUAAACCUUUAGUGAAAACGAAAGAAGAACCAUACAGCGCUCCUAACUUCCCUCCAAAGCUUCAGUGGUUCAAGGUUUUCAACGAAGACAGCAUCAGCGCAGAGAUUCUAGCCGCUUUUGAGAUGUUAGAGAUCACUGGAGACUCUGGAGAAGACGCUGAUGAAGCUGAAAAGGAUGUCAUACGCAUACCCGAUGAUAUAAAACCAGCUCUGGUCGGAUUCCGUAUUGAAGUAUACUUCUGGGGUUUGAGAAACUUGAAAAAAGGUAAAUUCGGUGGUAUUAAAAGACCAAAGAUCAACAUUGAGUGCCUGCAGUCAAUGAUGUAUUCCGAACCAUUAAAAGACACAAAAGGAGACGGUAAUUUCACCAACCCCAUCCAGAACAUGGACGUACAACUACCUUCAACGCUUGACUAUGCUUCUCCCCUGAUAUUGAGGAUGAUGGAUAGCAAACUGGGUUUCAAAUCAUUCGUUGGAAUCUACAUAAAGCACAUUAAGUUUUUUCUGGAAAAUCCAUUGACAGACCAAGAGAGGCAGAAUUUUUUUACAGGGUCAACUCCGUAUGAGGCGAUGGUGGACAUAAGUGAUGCGAAGAGCUCUGAAGAUUCGGAGCUGAGCUUGAAAACACCGAAACAACAAAUGAUCUUCGUGCCACAACAUUGCUUCUGUCGAACAUCAGAAAUUCAAAAAUUGGCCAAGAAAGCUUCCCACGUCCGGUGUAUCUGUCAGAAAACACGUUGGCAGAAAUUUCGGCAAACUUUCAACAGGAAGAGGAUCAUCUGUCCUUGCCUAAAGAAACAUCAAGAAAACGUAAAACGUGUCGAGAAAAAACAUAAGAGAACUUGCGCCUGCUGCAGAAAGCUUUUGGAGAAGCUGCACCUGGUGACCAGCGACAAGGAGAAUCAACCGGGGUUUUGGUCUUCUCUGGGAAGCAUCUUUAGGAGCUCUUGUUUCGGUGGAAAGUGCGAAUGUUGUAAGAAAGUGGUCAAGAAGAUCAAGGAGGUGUGUGAAGAUAUGGCGAAGAGAUGCCCUAUCUGUAGGAAGUUGGGCCUGAAGUUCUCCAAGAAGAAAGGGGGAGUGGAGGAAAGUCUUGACGACUCUUACGUCGAUAACGAUUAUGAUUGGUGGACCAAAUUUUUCUCUUCACUGAAGCCUGAACCAAAAGAAGGUGCGCACGUCUCCAUUAGAGAUAAGUUCAGGCUUAAGAUUUAUCCAAGAGAACUUGAGUCACAAGCGGAAUUCGAGCACUUCAAAGAUUUGCUGAUGUCUUUCCCAAUGUACAAAGGCAAAAGGACUGGCGACGAGGUGGUGGACAGGGAUAUGAUCAAAGGGGUAUUCAAAGGGAACAUCAAGAUAUACCGGUGGCCUCAAGAGACAGGGAAGGAUUUGAUAACCAGGAACGGAACUCCUUUAAGUGAAGGAUAUUUUGGACAAUUUCCACCCAACGAGCCUCUGCAUUUCACUGUCAGGAUAUAUUGCAUCAGAGCACUACACUUGCCUCCAAAGGACAUCAACGGCAAAUGUGAUCCUUACUUAUACGUACGAUUAGGAGAUCAGGUUCGAAAUGAUAAGGACAAUUACAAGACCAAGGACUUGAAUCCUGUUUUCGGAAAGAUGUUUGAAUUCAACGGUAUCUUGCCCAAAGACCAUACCGUAUUGGUGCAGAUCUGGGACAGAGACACGGCAACAAGGGAUGAUCUGAUUGGCGAGACCUCCAUAGAUAUCGAAAACCGCCUGUACACAAACCACAGGGCGAAAUGUGGGAUUCCGGAAUUCUACAAAGAGACAGGUUACUGCGCCUGGAGGGAUCAGCUGAAACCCUCAGAAAUCGUGAAUCGAUUGAGUAAACAAUGGAACCUACCUAAACCAGUGUAUGGCGCGACAUCUGUGCAGAUCUGUUCGAAGUUCUUCGAAUCACCCCAUUACGAAUCUACCGGCAACGAUAGGAUCGAUACUGAAAUUAAAGCGCUCUACGCUCUGCGGAAUUGGCAUCAGGUUCCUUUCGUUGGACUGAAAUUGGUACCGGAACACGUCGAGACGAGGUCGCUGUACUGCCCUGAUAAGGCGCUAGUGGAACAGGGUAAAAUCCAGCUUUGGGUUGACAUUUUUCCAGCUGGUGAUCUGCCUCCACCGAAGUCGGUUGACAUAACCUUGAAGCCGCCAGAGAAUUAUGAACUAAGAGUCGUAAUCUGGAACACUGCCGAUGUUCUGUUGCAGGAAGACGACUUUUUCACUGGACAAAAGAAGAGCGAUAUUUUUGUGAAAGGGAUGCUGCAAGGCCAUGACAACGUCCAGAGCACCGACAUCCACUACAGGUCUCUCACCGGCGAAGGCAACUUCAACUGGAGGUUCAUCUUCCCCAUGCAGUACCUGGUGAAUGAAGACAUGACUGUGGUGAAUCCCGAGGAUGGCAAACCGCAUCAAGGGGACAAGAAAUUUCCUUGCAGGCUGAUUCUUCAGAUCUGGGAAAACGAUACGUUUUCCAAGGAUGACUUUCUCGGUACCUUGAGUCUGGAUUUGUCUAGAAUGCAAAGGGGUUCGAAAGGGCCUGAGCUGUGCAAUCUGAGCAUCAUGGAACCAAGUGCCCCACGCAUGAAUCUCUUCAAGGCAAGGAGGACAAAGGGCUGGUGGCCGUUCAAAGGCAACGAUCUAGAAGGUCACUUGACGCUAGUGGGCAAAAUAGAGGUUGAAUUGGAACUGAUGACUGCUGAAGAGGCUGAAGGAAAACCUGCAGGUCUUGGCCGGAAUCCUCCUCAGGCCUUACCAGAGCCUAAGAGACCAAAAACUUCCUUCAAUAUGUUCACCAACCCCUUGAAGACAUUUAGGUUCAUCAUCUUGAAACAUUACCGAUGGACCAUAAUCAAGGGAUGCUGUUGUGUGCUGUUGCUAGUAUUCCUAGGCUUGGCCAUCUAUGCUUUCCCGGGAUACGCAGUGAAAAAAAUUUUGAGAGUAUGAUUCAACGAAUAUUUCCUAGAUUUUAUUAUAUAUACAUUUUAUAAGUACUUUUUAUGUUAUUUACAAUGAUUCUAUUACAAUAAAUACAUAUUAAUGAA